GCUCUUUGUUCUGAGAUGACCAGUUGGAGUAGAAUCAAACCACUGUGUGGUGCAAGGGUGAACCGGGCAGUAAAAAACGCAGAGGAGCCGGGACCUGACUGGGAAACAUAUGAUGUCCGAAUUCUUAAAUCAAGUGAUCAGUACUUCGAGGCAAGACAACAACUAAAUAAGUCGCUGUCAUGCCACACUUCCGACCUGCAGACAGAGGAGGAGGAAGAGGACGUGCGACCCAAGAGGAAGCCAAAGGCGAUUCAUUUCUUGGGGGAUUCUGAUGAUAGUGAAGACGAACAUCCAAGAAAGAAAUCCAGAAGCCAAUCCAAAACAUCUAUACAGCCACCAGCUCCUGCUAUCCCGCCACCACCAUCUCCUGCUGUCGAACCACCACCAUGCCAACAACAAACCUUCUCUGCAAGCCAGGUGCACACACCUGCCUGGCGAGGGAGAAGGUUUGACUCGGGCACCCUUCCCUGCUCUGCCACAGAAGCCCAGAUUUUGGACUUGCUGGAGCAUCUAAAAAAACAGAUGGAGCAACUAGAAGCCAAGGUUAAUUAUUUAACCAGCAAGCUGGAUGCAACUCCCCAGGAAAUGGAGGUGCAGAUUCCGGUCCAGUUGCCAUUAACUUCAGUGGAGGAAGUGAACACUUUUGAGAACUGGCUCAAAGAUGCUGCACAUUCCCAGCUGAAGCAGAAGUUGAUUUCCUCGCUGGCAGCUAUUGGGGGCCAUGACACAAAAUGUAUAACGUGGAACAUCCUGGCACACAUUUUCCAUGAUGAUGUUGGAAAGCAGAUUAACUGGAAAGGUGUCAAUGGGAAGACGUCUUUCAACCAGAUGGCAUCAAAAACACUGCUCCUGCAUUCUGUGAGAAAAAAUUCCAUCUCCUGCGCUUCCACUGACCACGACAUUUGUAAACAUGCUAUCCGCUGGUUUAACUUGGCAGCAGAUCGAGACAGCUCAAGGCGACGUAGUGGUACACAAGAAGUUCAACCCAGCAUUCAUCUUUUUAACAAAAAUUACAGUCUGGUAACACAAUUUAUUAAUACUGUUUGUGUUACUAUUGUUAUACUUUGCUUGCACAUGUAACAGUUUUUUUAUACAGUUUGUAUUACUACAAAUAAAAAUUUAUCAAAAUACUUUUAUGGUUUGGGUGUGUAUUUCCUUUAACAUAAAUGAUAAGUGUGGUGUGACAGAUAAUUUUAAAUCAUUUACUCCAAAGCUCUUAUUUUCUGUAAAGACCUCUCAGCUACUGCAUGUUUUCAUUUACUAAUUAAACAUUAAGAAAUUCCAAUUAUUUAAAAAAAAAAAAACAGGCUGGAUUAUUUUCUUUAUGAAAGCGCACACAAAGGCGAAUCUGGUGAUGCCCGGGUCC